GUUGCAUUCAAUUUAUUAUAUAAAUAUAAAUUAACAUAAAAAUUUUACAUUUAUAAUUCAUUAAUUAAGAUUUAAUAACUAAAUAAUUUGUUCAUAAUGAGUUACGAAAAUAUUCUAAAUCUCAUACAAGUGCGUGAAUUAGCCCAGAGCUGGAUCAAAGAGGACUUGCCAGGUACCCGGAGGGCCAGUCCCUCAACCCUACGCCCACACAACUGGUGGCCGACGUGAAGGGUAAGGCGCGGGACGUGUUGCUCGCCGAACGGGUGGCUCUUAAUGUGUUGGCCCGAUGCUCGGGUGUGGCCACUCAGGCCCGGCGGGUACGCGCGGCUGUCGAUCGAGUCGGCUGGAAGGGCACAAUCGCCGGCACCCGUAAGACAACCCCUGGCUUUCGGGUGGUUGAGAAGUACGGGCUGGUUGUGGGCGGUGUGAGUGGGCACAGGUAUGACUUGUCCCAUAUGGUGAUGCUUAAGGACAAUCACGUGGUGAUUAGCGGAUCGGUGGCCGCGGCGGUCGGCGCUGUCCGUCAGGUGCGGGACUUUGCCUCCAAGAUAGAGGUCGAGUGCCGGAACCUGGAGGAGGCCCAGGAGGCGGCCCGACUGGGGGUCGAUGUGAUAAUGUUGGAUAAUUUCGAUCCCGAGGCGUUGGAGGCGUCGGCCCGUAUACUGAAGCAUAACUUCCCGGAUGUGUUGAUUGAGUCGAGCGGUGGCGUGACUGUGGAUACUGUGGCUGAUUAUGCUAAACAAUGGGUGGAUAUUAUAUCGUUGAGUCAAUUGGUUCAGGGCUACCCUGUCGUCGAUUUCUCUAUGAAAGUUGUGCCACAAAAACAA